AUGGGUUUGAUACCCACAGCGUCUUGGAGGGGAUGGAGGGGUGGAACCCUUGCAGGCACACCGAGAAGGUCGCAAGGGCCUCCGAGUUGGAGCCCGCCGUCCUCUCGGCCUUAA